AGUGUCGUACUUUUAUCCAGGAACCAAAAUGGCCAAGUCUAAAAACCACACUAAUCACAACCAAAACAAGAAGGCUCACCGUAACGGUAUCAAGCGCCCUCAAAAGCACCGUUAUGACUCCUUGAAGUACCGUGACGCCAAGUUCCGUCGUAACCAAAAGUUCGCCAACCGUGGUACUGUCCAGGCCAACAAGGAAGCCAAGGCUGCCGCUUCUGCUGGAAAUGCCUAAAUCUCUACUUAGGAGAUAACUUUUAAGAAAUUGGUAUUUUCACGUAUAAAUUUCAUUGUCCGGUAGCUGGUUAUAUGUUUUUGUAAAUUCGAAUUUGGUUCACUUACAGUUAUUUGUUGGGCUCAAUUCAAUCAUGUAUUUGUC